ACUCUUAUUCCAACACAUUAUCAGUUCUCCUCAUCUUUUCUCACUGCUGUUUCUCUCUCUCUCUCUCUCUCUCGCGGAGAAUUGCGGAUUUUAAUUUGUAUAUGAUAUCUUCAAUUCAAAGUCCGAAAAACCCUAGCCAUCGCGAAGCGGGGGAAAUCCAUAUUGCAAGCAAGGCAAGAGUUUGGUGAACUAGUUGAUUAACACUUGAAGACUUGUUACUAGUGAUCUAAAAUAUAGGGACUUGCUGUGAACCAUGGCAGACUUGGAAAAUUUGCUUCUGGAGGCAGCAGGAAGAACUGGAUCAUCUGGAAGAAACAGGAAUGCACAUCCACCAUCUAGGAGGCGACGUGAGGGUUCAUAUUCUGAUGGUGGAAGUGACUCUAGAGAUGAAGAUUCAGAUGAUGACCGCGGCUAUGCCAGCAGGAAGCCAUCUGGAUCUCAAGUUCCUUUGAAGAAGAGAUUGGACCCUGCUGAAAGAGAUGAUGAUCAGGGUAGCCAAGAAGAAGGUGGUUAUGAUGAUGGGGCCUCUGACCGUGAGGGUGACAGCAGUGAUGAAUCAGAUGUUGGUGAUGAUCUUUACAAGGAUGAGGAUGAUCGGAGGAAGCUUGCUCAAAUGAGUGAACUUGAAAGGGAGAUGAUAUUAUCAGAGCGGGCAGACAAGAAAGGUGAUAAGAAUUUAACUGAGAGGAUUAGAUCAAAACGGGACAGUGAGAGGGCAACCCGAUCCAGAAAAGAGACUCCACCUCUGCCAUCAUCUCGCGGAGUUCGCACAUCAGCUAGAUCGGCAGACAGGGCAGCUGCCAAAGAUGAUGCAUUGAACGAACUCAGAGCUAAGCGUUUAAAGCAGCAGGACCCAGAGGCUCACCGUAAGUUGAGGGAUGUCUCUAGAGGAACUUCUGGCAGUCGGGGUGUUUCACCUGUCAGGAGAAAACGUUUCACUUCGGCAAGCCUGAGUAGCUCUAGCAGUGAGAGUGACAGUAGGUCUCAUAGUGAAGAUGAAGCGUCAACAGGUGACGGUGGAAUGGCAGAUAGUGAUGAGGACAGAGAGCCUGGAUCCGAAGGUCUGACAUAUGAUGAUAUACGGGAAGUCACUAUCCGGAGGUCAAAACUUGCUAAAUGGCUUAUGGAGCCAUGGUUUGAAGAGUUGAUUGUAGGUUGCUUUGUGAGGGUUGGGAUUGGAAGGUCAAAAUCUGGUCCAAUCUACAGGCUCUGCUUAGUCCGUAAUGUUGAUGCUGCAGACCCUGACCGCCCAUACAAACUGGAGAAUAAAACUACAUACAAAUAUCUGAAUGUUAUUUGGGGCAAUGAAAGCUCUGCAGCAAGGUGGCAGAUGGCGAUGGUUUCCGACUCUGCUCCAACUGAGGAUGAGUAUAAACAGUGGGUCAGGGAGGUGGAGCGUAGUGGUGGCCGGAUGCCAACCAAACAGGAUAUUCUGGAAAAGAAGGAGGCAAUAAAAAAGUCAAAUACAUUUGUAUACUCAGCGGCCACUGUGAAGCAGAUGUUGCAGGAGAAAAAAUCUGCCUCAACAAGGCCAUUAAAUGUUGCUGCUGAGAAGGACCGGUUGAGGAGAGAGUUGGAAGUUGCACAAAUGAAACAAGAUGAUGCAGAGGUAGAGAGGAUUAGGGCAAGAAUUCAGGAACUGGAGGCAUCUCGGCAAGCUCAGGAAAAAGAUGCAAAGGCUAUUAGACUGGCAGAGAUGAAUAGAAAGAACAGGGCUGAGAAUUUUAGAAAUGCCUCAGAAUUGAAACCUGUAAACACAAGUCUGAAAGCAGGGGAGGCUGGGUAUGAUCCUUUUUCAAGGAGAUGGACUAGGUCUAGGAAUUAUUAUGUGUCAAAGCCUGGUGGAGCAGAUGUGGCUGCAGAAGCAAAUAAUAAUGGCACAGCAGCUGUUGCACAUAGUAAUGGGGCAGCAACAGGGACUUUGGCUGAGGCUGGCAUGGCUGCUACAGCGGCAGCCUUGGAGGCAGCAGCUGAUGCAGGGAAGUUGGUUGAUACUGCAGCUCCUGUGGAUCAAGGGACUGAGUCAAAUACACUUCAUGAUUUUGAUCUUCCAAUCUCAUUGACUGCACUUGAGAAGUUUGGCGGAGCAAAGGGUGCUAAGGCAGGGUUCAUGGCAAGGAAACAACAGAUAGAAGCAACUGUCGGAUGCCGGGUCCCUGAGAAUGACGGGAGGAGACAUGCUCUGACUUUGACUGUUAGCGACUACAAGAGAAGAAGAGGACUCCUCUGAAAUGUGAUAAUGCACCAUCAACUUCCUUUCUGGUGACUACCUCAGAUCGCACAGCCUUCAAGCAUGUCUCUGAAUUGUGUUGAUCUUGUAAUUGCAAACCUGGUUACUGGGAAAGUAUUGUGUCACAACAUCUUUGCUGUCUGAAGUUUUAAUAUUAUGGGUAUAGUGUUUGGCUUUGCCUUCGAAUUAUUCAUGGAAAGUUUGACAGUGAUUUUUAUUUAGAGAGCUGGAUAAAUGCUGCUAUUGAAGUUUUAUAUAUGGAUUAAUUUGGCUACUUGAUUUGUUAA